CUGACAUGUCCGCCGGCUGAUCGGAGGAGCUCGGCUCGGCUCGGCUCGGAAACAACGCCCUGCCGCUGUGACGUAGCCUUGGAGAGAGUCGGACGCGGGAAAUUGAACCGGAGGAUCAUCAGAUGAAAACAGAGCCGGGUUACCUCUGAUCUGUUCGGCGUCAUGGUUCAGGAGUUUCACAUCGUCAGGUGUUUCAGCUGUCAGACCUUCCAGGUUCACCAGGUGAAAAAAGUGAGCAGGUGGAGCUGUAAACUGUGCGGAGAGAAACAGUCACUGAAGAAGGAGUUUGGGCGGGGCUCCGGGGCAGACUGCAGGCGUCAUGUUCAGAAACUCAACGCCAUGAGAGGAGCCGUGCUACAUCAGCAGGACAGCACCUGGUCGCUAAGGAAACAGGAAGUAGAAGGAGAAGAAAAAGACGAGCAGGAGACAGCAGCAAGCCGCUGGAGCAAAUACCUGGUCACACCUGAGGAGGCGGAGCCAGAGGACAAGGACGAGGAGAAUGUUCUGAUGGACAGGCAGGGUCUCCAUGGCAAAAGCACAGCUGACAGGAAGAGGAAGAGAAGACGGAGCAGCUACACACCAGAACAGACAAACUGGACAACCUCAGCCGGGACCACCAGUUCUCCCAUUCUGGACCGGUCCAGUCCUGGUCUGGACCAGCCCAGUCUGAACUGGCCCAGUCCCAACCUGAACCGGCCCAGUGCUGGUCCUGGUCUGACCCAGCCUGGUCCGGACUGUUCCAGUCUUAACCGGCCUGGUCCUCCCCGCAUGAGUUCUGGACCGGCCUGCAGGUGGUCUUGUUUCCUCAGUGGUUCUGGGAGUCAGACAAAGGGAGCGGAGCCUCUGGUCAGUGGGAGGAGUCAGACACUGGGCAGAGCUACCUCUCUACCCUGUGACGUCAUCGCCCAGGCCCCGCCCCCGCCCCGCCCCCUCCUUCCUGCUUCCUCCAUGUUUGAGAGCGGCGAAGAUUUCAGCUUCGACGACUUUUAGAUAAACUCAACCAGUGAUUGGACAACCAGUUGGUUAUCAAAUAAGAUAUGUAUUGUACAUGUUUGACUGUACUGUGUAGUUUAUAUUACUGUUCUUUAAAAAUAAAGUACAUAUAUAUUUGUGCUCUACGCUUGCAAAGUAAAGUACAUAUUCACCUCAAAUUCAGAUCUUCAUGUUUUUAUAGUUAAAAAUAACAAAGCAGCC